GAAGAUCUCUGGUGUGUAGCCAUUCUGUAGGAGAGCCAGUAAGAAAGCAAAAGGGGGAGGAAAAUCAAACAAAGCAGAUGAGCAAAAUACUGUAAGUUACGUAGAAAGGGGAUGGGAAAGAUGGGAAGUGAAAAUACAAAAAGCAAGGCAAGAAUUAGUGCAAGUUAAGGACCUGUACUGUGGAAAGACUAGUUCAAAUACUGAUGCUGGAAAUGAUGUGCUAAGAAACACAGCCCAUGUAGUGGGGAAGAGGGGAGAAAAUAAGCAUUGGACAGCAGAUGCUAUAGGAGAAGGGUUGUGUGCCCAAGAAAUACAAAUUUGAGUAACUAUGUAAGUAACUACUGUUCUCAAUACCAUUUUUAGUCCUGAGUUGUCAACUUGCAAGCCAGUCCUUGUGCUUCAGCUAUGCAAACAUCUAAGGAAUAAUAAUUAAAAACAAUUACGUACUGAUCAUGAGGUGGAUGAGGAUGCCGUGUUCAGUGCAGUCAGUGUGCUUGAAACUAACAAAAAUGCAUCUGUGGUAGCUUCUAACUUAGUUAGCUGUGAAGUUUGAUUAGAGUAGCACUAGGUGUUUCAUAAGCAUGUUGAUAAUUUUAUUUAAGCCUCAUUUUGGUUUCUUAAAAUCCUCAAGAAACAUUUGAAAUAUUGAAAGAGCACCUAACAGACUAAAGCUUGGAGGGCCUUUGACUCAGAUUCUAGGAUUAUAUAUGUCCUGAAGCUUUUGUCUCACCAAUCAAUAAAACCCGUGAGGCUUUACAUUCUUUGAAGGAUAGUGGGCUGCCACAAAAGUGAUGGUAACUUGAAGUCCUGAAUAAACUUAAUGAGUGUGAGAGUGUGUAUUACAUGUUUUUUCCUCCUCCUAGAAAUUUUUGGAAAGGAUAUUCUCCUUUGUUGUUCUUCCCAGUUACACAUGGAAGCUGCAACUUCCACUGCUCCUUUCUUCAUCCUCAGAUAGCUUUUGAAGUCUGUGCUCUGCUAGCCAAAAUCCUGUUCAAAUGGAGUGGACCAACACAUUUUUCUUUGCCAGGCUAAGAGUAAGCAAGUUGCAUCAGCUACUGGUAAACAGUGAUAACCACCAACUAGAUCAAGAUUCAGGGCUUAUCUGUGGCCAUGAAAAAACCUAGUGGAUUCUGGAAAGCUCUUGCAUAAGCUUGUGGCAUCUGCAGAAGGAAGAAUGAGUAUGUGAACUUCCUGGGACCAGGAGGACCAUCUGAAGGAGGCUGACAGAUUCUUCCUAUAAGAGGUUGCUCUUCAAAUCCCCUAAGAACACAGUCCACUUUGAUAGAUAGGGUUGGUACAGUAGGCCUCACUAAACUUAGCUGCAACUAAGAAUUUCUCCUACAUCAACUGAGUUAAGGCUGAUGCUCUUGUGGAAUGUGGAUUAAAAGUGCGUGCUAAGUUCCAAAUUUCCAUUUGAGAAGCGGAGAAAGUAAAUGUACCACAACCACCAGCAUCAGGACAGCAAACCAAGGGACAAAGAAUUUGAUCCGCAGUGUUGAUAAAUGUUAACUGGUUCACGUGUUGCUUAAAAGACGUUUGCUGGGGGGCGAGAACUGGACAUCAGCUGUGCGAAGUCAUUUUGUUUACAAAAAUGAGGGCUUCUUUGGAAACAGCAGACAUUGCCAUUGUGGCACUGUACUUCGUGCUUGUAAUGUGCAUAGGUUUUUUUGCCAUGUGGAAAUACAAUCGAAGCACCGUAAGUGGCUACUUCUUGGCAGGGCGUUCUAUGACCUGGGUAGCUAUUGGUGCAUCUUUAUUUGUGAGCAAUAUUGGAAGUGAACAUUUCAUUGGGCUCGCAGGAUCUGGAGCGGCAAGUGGAUUUGCAGUAGGUGCAUGGGAAUUCAACGCCUUAAUGCUUUUGCAGCUUUUAGGAUGGGUCUUCGUCCCUGUCUACAUCCGGUCAGGAGUAUACACCAUGCCUGAAUACUUGUCCAAGCGUUUUGGAGGGCAUAGAAUUCAAAUAUAUUUUGCAGCAUUGUCUCUAAUUCUUUAUAUCUUCACCAAACUUUCGGUUGACUUGUAUUCGGGGGCGCUUUUUAUUCAAGAAUCGCUAGGUUGGAACCUCUAUUUGUCAGUUAUCCUCCUUAUUGGAAUGACUGCACUGUUGACUGUGACUGGAGGUCUUGUGGCUGUCAUCUACACAGACACACUUCAAGCUCUGCUUAUGAUUAUUGGUGCCCUCACACUUAUGAUCAUAAGUAUUACGGAGGUUGGUGGGUUUGAAGAAGUUAAAAAAAGGUACAUGUUAGCAUCACCAAAUAUUACAUCUAUCUUGUUAACCUACAACAUUUCCAAUACCAAUUCCUGCAAUGUCAACCCAAAGCCUGAUGCUCUUAAAAUGUUGCGUGAGCCAACAGAUGAAGAUAUUCCCUGGCCUGGAUUUCUGUUGGGACAGACUCCAGCUUCUGUCUGGUACUGGUGUGCUGAUCAAGUCAUAGUGCAGAGAGUUUUAGCAGCAAAAAACAUUGCUCAUGCCAAAGGAUCCACUCUGAUGGCAGGCUUCUUAAAGUUACUGCCAAUGUUUAUUAUAGUUGUCCCAGGGAUGAUUUCACGAAUACUGUUUGCAGAUGAUAUCGCCUGUAUUAAUCCAGAACACUGUUUUCAAGUCUGCGGAAGCAGAGCUGGAUGCUCUAACAUUGCCUACCCACGUUUGGUGAUGAAACUUGUACCAGUUGGUCUGCGGGGACUUAUGAUGGCCGUGAUGAUUGCUGCACUGAUGAGUGACUUGGACUCUAUAUUCAACAGUGCCAGCACCAUAUUUACGCUUGAUGUCUACAAGCUCAUUCGGAAGAGUGCGACGUCUAGAGAACUGAUGAUUGUAGGAAGAGUCUUUGUGGCUUUCAUGGUAGUUAUAAGCAUUGCCUGGGUUCCCAUAAUAGUAGAAAUGCAAGGAGGUCAGAUGUACCUGUAUAUUCAAGAGGUGGCAGACUAUUUGACUCCACCGGUGGCUGCUCUGUUUCUUAUGGGUAUCUUUUGGAAGCGUUGCAAUGAACAGGGGGCGUUCUAUGGUGGAAUGGCUGGAUUCGCUCUGGGAGCGAUACGGUUGGUUCUGGCAUUUAUCUAUCGUGCUCCGGAGUGUAACCAGCCGGAUACUAGGCCCAGCUUUAUCAAAAAUAUCCAUUACAUGUAUGUUGCUACCGCUCUGUUCUGGAUCACUGGAAUUGUGACCGUUAUAGUGAGCCUCCUUACACCACCGCCUACAAAGGAGCAGGUUCGAACGACCACUUUUUGGGCUGUGAAAAACAGAAACGUAAAAGAGAAUACUGUAAAGGGGGAGCUGUACAAAGUACAAGAAAAGAGCAUCUUUAAAUGCAAUGAAAACGCUAAUCAUAUCAUUCCAAAUGGCAAAUCUGAAGAAAAUCUUAAAAAUAUUAAACCUGAGGAUAUCAAUCUUCUGGUAACUUGCAGAGAUGACAGCAACCCGGUGAUUUCUGUAAGUCACUCUGAAGUCGAGACACCAGUUGAUUGUUAUUCGAACGGACAAGCGGCUUUGAUGGGUGAGAAAAAGCACGAGGAAGAAACUGAUGAUAGAGAGAGACACUUGAAAUUCAUAGAUUGGUUCUGUGGCUUUAAAAGUAAAACCAUGAACAAGAGAGUUAUUCGGGAGAUCGAGGAAGAGACUGUUUGUUUACAAAUGCUGGAAGAGACUCCAAAAGUUAAACUAUUACUAAAUACUGGACUGGUCUGUGUCUGUUCGCUCGGAAUAUUCAUGUUUGUCUAUUUCUCUUUGUGAGUGAAUAGUGAACUUUUAAGGGUAUGGCUAAACAUACAGAAGUUGAUACAGGUCUCUGGAGGUUUUUUUUUUUCCUUUUUUUUUUCUUUUUUUUCUUUCCAAAUAACAUAACCGCAACCCAGGCAUUGUUUACGCUAUAAUUGUCAAAUCAACUUUAGCCAAUUUAUAGACCAUUUGAGACGUGUAGUGCUAUCUCUGCUCAAGGCAGAAUGUAUUGUGUGGUGUCUCUUUUUCUUUUUUCCCUUUAGGUUUUUUCCCCCGCUCUUCAUUUGCGGUACUAACCUUUCGUUUUUCCAUGUAUGCAUAUAUGUAAGCAUAUAUACCAAAGGCAGGCAGGUGGCUGUGUUUGAGGUCAGUCAGUUAUAAAGCUCAAUCAGCAUUAAGGAGAAGAUAAAAAGUAAUCAUUUACGUAAGUGUAAAAUCUAAACAACUGAAGCUGUGUCGGAAGACUUUAAAUUCAGGACUGUGAUGCACAUCAUUGUACAGGUGUUUUGUUACAUAGCUGUAUUAUCUUGGUCAACUUACUACUUAUUAAUUUUG